CGCGUAUAUCUGUCCUUGCUCCUGAACUUCCUCUCCUGAUCAGUUCGGAGUCCAGCCUGCGGUCGAUGCGGCGUUUCUAGGUCACCUUUACGUUCAGCUACUCUGUCUGCAUUUACAUUGAGCCCGUCGAUCAGCAUGUUUCGUGGUCUCUCCUUGAUCUUAUCCCUCUCAGCAGCGAGCGCCACUCUCUCCGCAGCCGCGGCCGUCCGGGUCCAUACGCAAAAUGACGAUCCUAUUCCCGGUUCCUUCUUUCGUCACCCCACAGCAUUCCAUAUCCUGGAGUUCCGAAGCCCUGUUGCGCGCACGUCGGAGGUGACGCCGCCCAGCGACGUCGACCACAAUAGCAUGCUGGCUGGGUUACUGAGCAUCCCUCCUGCAAGCAACGCAGUAUGCACUCGAGACGGCGAAUGUGUGGAUGAACACCUCUCGAGGGUCGAUGAAGGCGAACACCAAGAAACCGCGGAAGCAACAUCGAGCGAUCACUUCAACGGCGACGACAACAACAACUACAACAACGCAGCCAACGAGACCGACCUGCGCUACGGCGCAUGGAUGGAUGCAGCGGCGUGGACCCUCAUCGUGUACGCCUGCGCCAGCUUAUUCCUACUCACCUACCUCUGGAGCAUUGGAUGGUUGCAUAGAAUCAUGACUGUGAGUGUUCCUCACUCCUUCUCCGUCUAUUUCUCUUUUGUUGCCAUCUGUGUCUCCCCGGCGCAACUUGUGGCCUUGUCCAUGUUUCCCCUAAAGCCCCCAGCAAUCGUUGACCGAAAACAGCCUACAUUACGCGUACCGGGCCUCGAAGAACCCGUGCCAUUAGAUGGGCCGUUUCCAGGCCAGCGUCGUGCGAGGGUGGCAGCGCCGUACGCGUCCUCUCCACACGCCAUGCACGCGGCGAGAAUGAACGUCGAGAUGCGGAGAUGGGGGCUAGUGUGAGCCGCAACUAUCAA